AUGAGUACCAGCGCGGAUGAGCCCGAGUCUCGAGCGCAAUUACAAGAGCGGCUAGAGAUCGCGUGGAUCGAUGUCGAGGAAGCACUGAAAAUCGCAAAGUCCCCAUCUAUCUCGGUGGGGAUCUUACACGGAUCGAAGAGGGCACCGAUCUUCCAAAAGAGCUCUGGCAUCGCAAACUUUCAGACCAACGAUGCGGCUGAUGCCGAUACCGUGUACAACAUUGGUGGUUGCUCACAAAUGAUCACCUGUGCCGCAAUAGGGAUACUGGUCAGUGAAAAACGGCUGGGCUGGGACGACCCAGUUCGUAAACAUAUUCCGAGCUUUAAUCCCCAGGCGAAUUCCGACACUGGCGAUAAAGCUACGCUCAUCGACUUGUGUCGGCAUACUACCGGUCUCGCGAACCCGGCCCCCGUUUUCAUGGGACCUGGUGGCUCGGUCUUGAGUAAUGCAGCUGAACACACGGCGCUUGUGAAUGCUCUUCCAGGGGCCGAUCAUGGUGGCAAGAGGUUUCGAAAGGUGUGGCACUACAGCGAUGCUGCCUUUGGGCUUCUGGCGCAGAUUGUCGAAGAGGUAGCCGGUGUACCUUUUCACGAGUUUCUUCGUAAACAAAUCUUCCAGCCGCUUCACAUGUCUCACACAAACGUGUCUGGAGAGGAACCCAACGAUGGAGUCAAACAUGCCCUUCCGUACGUCAAUGGUUCUGACGGAACGUGGUCGCCGAUCCAGACCAGCGAGAUCAAUCUACGCCAUGGGCCACUUGUAGCCAGUUUUGGCAUGAACAGCUCGGUCAACGACAUGCUCGCAUUCACGGCCGCCGUCAUGAACAGAUACGGUCAUGAAAAAGGCGAAGAGACACCCCAGCCACUAGCCAAACCGAGAGGCCGAAACCCACUUCGCGAAGUCACAGCCAUCUGGAAUCAUGAAUGGGAACGGCCGGUAAAUGAUGGAUUCAACAACAAGCCCGCGCAUACUUUGGGAUGGAAUCGCACAACCAUGCCCAGCGCCGCUCUGGGAACAGGUUCGUACAACCGCUUUUCAGAUAGCGAGAAAUCGUAUCUGGACCCAAAGACGAUAAUAGGGAAGGACUCCGAGCCUUGCACUGUGUACAACUACCACGGAGUCACGAAUGGUUUCGUUUCGGCGGUUUACAUCUUACCAGAGACCCAUACAGCUAUUGUUGCUUUGAGCAACUCGACCAGCAACGGAGAUGCUGCCGAAACGGCGAUUCGAAUCAUGCUUCAGGCUCUUCUCAAAUUCAAGCCACGCGUGAGCGCGUUUCAGCCCUUACGUGCAGCUCGGGAUCGCUGCAACCACGCUUUUGAAAAAAUGCUGGCCGAGUGGAACAGUGGUUGUGAUCCUGCCCUUUUCACCGGGAAUCCGCAAGACUUUGUUGGUUCUUACGUGGGACUGAACACGAUUCGAAUCAACAUCACAGCUAGUGAUAGUGAAAGCGAACCGGAUGAAACCAAGAGACUUACCGUAACCUUUGGCGAUUACCUUGAGUCAAAAUCUGCACUUGAACCCUACACCCUUGAUAUGCUGAGCUUUCUCCCCAAAAGCAGAGAAGAGUUGCUCAUUCGGGGCAUGUUAACGUGGACUCAUUACAAGAUGGGAAUCUUCGAGUUUGUCAGAGACGAAGAGGAUGGUAAAGUUGCAGGAUUUUGGUGGCAGUGGGACGCUCGCGAAUAUCCAUCUCUGUGGGUAAAAGACGGAGCUGGCAUGGGUCCUCAGCAAAUUGAAGAAGUGCUUGAGAAAUUUGGGCGGUUUCGUGUCCCUGGAAAGAGUGAUUCGGCAUUAAAUGGCACUGUGAAUGGUGAUACUGAGUCUUCUGCCAUGCCGGACGCAUCUUCCUGA